AUGGAGAGAGAACGGACUUUCAAGACUGAGACCAGUAGCAUCUGCAGCAGCGAACCUUCAACUCUUUCCGACAUGUUGAGACUAAGGACCCCAAGUAAGCCGGAAGAGAGCGAUAUCGGCAUCUUUCUCACUCCGCCAGUCAGGGGAGGAAACACUGCAGACAAGGAUGACGAAUGGGCAGCCACCGACACCCCAACCGUCAUUUCCGGUCAUGACAGAUCCAAUAUUGAGGUGUGCCGGAAGCCACUGGGCCGAUUCCUGUCGUUCGAUGUUAAGAGAAGCCUGUUUUCAAGCAAGCGUUUAGCCGAUGAUCACGAGGACACUCCGGUCAUCAAGCGCCUGAGAGAGACAGGGGUCGCCCUUAGCGACCUCACUUUAGACGUAUGUUCUCUUUUCAUUAACGGCCGCGGAGAUGAGAUCAAGUCGGUGGUAAACACGCUGUCCACGGAUCCGGAAGUAGUAGCGGACGGCUCCCGGCCCUACACCAUCCCCACAAUACCCGGCAAACACAAGGACCUCAAGGCCAUCUCACCCGAUGCUAUGGACGCGGUGCUGCGUGGUUGCUAUGACGACGAAAUAGGGCGCAUGACAGUGAUCGACUGCCGCUACCCGUACGAGUUCGAGGGCGGCCACAUCCGUGGCGCCGUGAAUCUCUUCACGCGAGACAUGGUCCGAGACUUCCUCCUUUCACACAUGAACGAUGACGCCACUUCCGGUCGGCACGUGCUUGUCUUCCACUGCGAGUUUUCGUCUGAGAGGGGACCAAAGAUGUACCGUCACUUACGGAGCGAGGACCGUGGCCUCCACACGGACGUCUACCCGCGCCUAGCCUUCCCGGAAGUGUACCUGCUAGAGGGCGGAUACAAGGCUUUCUUCCACAAACACAUGGUCCAGUGUGAGCCCCAACAAUACAUGCCGAUGUUGCAUAAGGACCACGUGACUGACCUUCGUCACUUCCGGGCAAAGUCAAAGUCCUGGACAGCGGGGGAACGCGCAAAUCGACUUCGCACCAGCCUGCGCUUCUAG